ACACUUGUAUUAACAGAAACAGUUUGAUUAUAUUACUUACUACUAGCUAGCUUGUUCUCAUCCUGCAGUAUCUACGUACGUACUGAUCAGAUAUGGCCAGUAGUGAAUUAGGUGAUCAUGAUCAUGAUCACGACUUAAUCAUCAGGAGAGUUUCAAUCACAGAAACCUUACUGGUUUCUUCUGCACUUGAUUCGCUGCAGCCUCCGAAAGUUGUCAACCUCUCAAACCUGGACCGCCAGUGUCCACUUCUUAUGUACUUGGUUUUCUUUUACAAAUAUCCCACCACCUCCUCUGCUGAUCAUAGUCCACUUUGGUCCCUUGAUUCUGUUUUCGAAAGCUUGAAGUCAGGCUUGGAAAAGACUCUAUCCAUCUGGUACCCGGCGGCAGGUAGAUUGAUCAUGACCAGCCCCACCGACGACGACGUCAACCUUAACUCCAAUCUUGGUGGUCUUAACUUGUUGUGCAACAACAGAGGUACUGUUCUUGCCAAGGCAGCCACUGCGGUUCAGAUAUCCGAGCUUGGAGACCUCUCUCAAUACAAUGAUUUCUUCGAAAACUUGGUUUACAAGCCUCCUCUCCCUGUGUUUGAUGAUCAAGAAGGAGAUCAUUUCUCUCAGAUGCCGCUAGUUGCUGCUCAGGUGACCAAGUUUGGAUGCGGAGGGUGCUCAAUUGGCAUUGGCAUCAGCCAUUCGUUGUUUGAUGGACCAGCUGCAUAUGAGUUUAUGUGUGCAUGGGCUUCUAAUUCUGAUAUCAAGCAAAUUCAAAACGAAUUAGACGUCAUAAUAAUGGAUGAUGAGCUGCAGCCUACACCAGUAGUAGCACUGGUGCACGACAGAGACACCCUGUUGAAGAUGGUUGACAACUAUCCAUGUCAUGAUGAUGAUGAUGACGAUGAAGGCCGUAGGGCUGCUGCCAUAGAUCAUUUGUAUCAACUAAUAAUGCAAUCAGCAGCAACAGUUGCAUCCACUGAUCUCCUGAUGAUCAAGAGCAGCAAUGAUGAUAGUAGUUAUGUUCACAAGACCUUUCAUUUGAGCAGUGCAUUCCUCAAAUGUUUGAAGAAGCAGGUGGUUGGUGACAACUUUUCAUGUUCCUCUUUUGAACUUGUAGCAGCUCACCUCUGGAAGGCGAAGACUUUGGCUUUAGGAUUGAGCACGGAAACAAUGGUGUGCUUGCAGUUUUCUGUAGACGCGAGGAACAAGGUGGAGCCCCCACUUCCUCGAGGUUUCACCGGCAACGCUUAUGUCCUGGCAUCUGUUGCGCUGACCGCCUCACAAGUUGACCAAUCCGACCACAAAGCCAUUGUCGACAAGAUAAGGGAGGCCAAGAAGUCUGUGACAAACAAGUACGUCAAGUCGUACAUGGAGGGAGUUGCAGCUGGUGGCUCCCAGCAGACAUCUCUUCCUCCCCUCAAGGAGCUCACCUUAGUGUCUGAUUGGACCAGAAUGCCCUUCCACAAGGUUGGCUUCUUACGAGAAGAAGCCGAUUACACUUCUCCGUUGGUCGCUCCAGUGCCGGAGGUUAUUUAUUUCAUGCAGAAUCCAAAGGAUGACAAGGGCAUUGACAUGAGAAUUGGGUUGCUUCCACAGUACCUCGAUGCCUUCACUCGCUAUUUCUUCACCAAUACCAAUUGA